AUGUCUAGAUUAAAUAAGAUUAGUCAUUCUGCAUUGGUUCAAGUUGCAGCGGGUGUUUUUGUCACAGGAGCUACAGGGUUAUAUUUUGCGCAGAAAUAUAUGCAGCACAAAGUAAGGAAGCUACCUCAUUAUCUCGAAGGUUUAACGAUUAUAUCUGAACAUCAGAAAGCAAAGGAUGCUCUCGGUCCUCCAAUACAAGUUGGGGCCGUAGACCUUAGCGAUAGGCGAAGAAAUUAUGUCGAUAAAACUACAUCCAUGCUACGAAUCCCUGUGACGGGUCAGCUCGAUGCCGGUUUUGCUGAAAUAUAUGCCACACGUGAAGCUCCAGAAAAAGCGUUUGUGACGAGCAAAGUGCGGCUAACGCUGAAUAAUGGAGCUGUGGUGAUAUUCGACGAUGGUCGAUGGCCUUUCAACGACAAGAAUCUCGAAACAGAU